CAGUUAAAAACAAACAAAUCUGUGUCUAUCAUUUUUUAAAAACAUCUCUGAUUGUUAUAAUAGGAAUCUCCCAAAAUGCAAGUGCUACAGUAUUUUCACAGCUACAUGAUUAUUCAUUAGACUUCUUUGAGUAUCCAAGAUAUUUGAAGCCGCCUCUGAACUUCAUUGCUAUGCUGAAUGUAAGAAGAACUGAUAAUCAGCCACUAACGUCUGUUGAACAAAAGAAUAAUGUCACAAUCAUGGUCACAGAGUUAAAAAAUUCUUAUCAGAUACAUGACUAUAAAAACGAAUUACAUAGAAACAACACAGAUGAUGAGCUACAUUAUUAUCCUGUUCCAGAAGAUGGGAUUAUUCAGAUUGAGCUUCCAGUUUCAGC